AUGGACGUACGGGUCGCCACGAGGACGCAAAGCCAGGAGGUGGUGGGACGAGCCGCCAACCAUCCCCGGUACCAGAUGCGGUUUGCUGUUCGUCCUUCGUCUCUUGUUGCAUCGUGCCCCAACUUGGAGCAAAGAGGUGAGGGGGCUGACCCGCGUGCCUUGGAUGAGCGGUGGGAGUACGCUGCUGCGGCUCGCUGUGUGGAGGCUGAACGUGCUGAAGUAACGGCGCUCUCAGCGAAGAGGCCGCUCCUGCUGGCGCAGUUCCCUCGCAAGGGGCAGGAGGGGGCUGAGAAGGGCGCGAAGUCAUUAUGGCUGAACCGGCUCCGGGAGUGGCCGGUUGCCCCGCAGGUCGGAUGA